AGGAUAGACCGGUUCGGAAUGCAAACGCACCUUUGCACUUCCGUUGCAUUCUGGGAGAUGUAGGAGGAAACCGGAAGUGAGGAUUUUUUGUUGUGCUGCUGGUUUGGCAGCUUUCAUCGGUUAACUCUGAAUAGCUCUUCUGGUAUAUAUGGCAUGUAACAAGGGGAGGAUAACUGACUUCAUUUCUUCUAGGACGGACAUAAAGCUGUACAAAAAUGGCCGUAGAAAAUGUGAGCGUGGUCUUCAAGGUGUACUGCCUGUCAGUGAUGACGCUGGUGGCAGCUACGUACACUGUGGCAUUAAGGUACACACGGACCAUUUCAUCAGGGGACCUGUACUUCUCUACCACAGCGGUGUGCAUCGCUGAGGUCAUUAAAUUAAUACUGAGCCUUGGGAUGCUGGCAAAAGAAACAAGUAGCAUCGUACGGUUCAAGAACAUGAUAGUGGAGCAGAUCAUCUACAGCCCGAAGGAACUGCUGAAGCUGAGUGUGCCUUCAUUAGUGUAUGCAGUUCAGAACAACAUGGCCUUUGUUGCACUCAGUAACCUUGAUGCAGCAGUUUAUCAGGUGACUUAUCAGCUGAAGAUCCCUUGCACGGCCCUGUGUACUGUCCUCAUGCUGAACCGCUCUCUCAGCCGGCUGCAGUGGUUUUCUGUUUUCAUGCUUUGUGGUGGCGUAACGCUGGUUCAGUGGAAACCUGCAGAAGCUACCAAAGUCCAGAUUGAGCAGAAUCCCUUUAUUGGGUUCAUGGCUAUUGCCGUGGCUGUCCUCUGCUCUGGAUUUGCAGGUGUGUACUUUGAGAAAGUAUUGAAGAGCUCAGACACAUCCCUGUGGGUCAGAAACAUUCAGAUGUACCUCUCUGGCAUUGUGGUGACCCUGAUUGGAGUCUUCAUCAACGAUGGAGAAAAGGUCAUGGAGAAAGGCUUCUUCUAUGGCUACACACCAUGGGUGUGCUUGGUUGUAUUUUUGGCCAGUGUUGGCGGUCUUUACACGUCCAUAGUGGUGAAGUAUACGGACAACAUAAUGAAGGGCUUUUCAGCUGCAGCAGCCAUUGUUCUCUCAACAGUUGCAUCUGUCCUAUUGUUUGGACUGCAGAUAACAAUCACAUUUGCUUCUGGAGCAUUGCUGGUGUGUCUUUCCAUUUACCUCUAUGGACUUCCAAAGCAGGACACAUCCAAACUGACCCGACCAGAUAAAGCGACAGACUCCGAACUUAAACAGAAACUAAUCAAUGUGUGAGUCAAACUCACCAAAGGCCUCUGUCAGAAGAAUCACGGAUGUUUUCUGUUGACCUGCAGGACUUCAUGGGGUGACUAAAGAGACAUUUUCCACAUCAACACUAAACUGGGUCUGCACUGUUUGGUUAAAUUUGCUUCAUGCACAUGGGAUAGAUGAUUAUGCUUUGACUUAGCUUUUCAAGCAUCAUCUCGCCUUUUUGUGCUAUAAGAAGUUCAGCUGACUCAAACAGAGGGGUUGGUAGUUUCCUGAUUGUAAAGGUUUUUUUGGUAAUCUGAGGAAGUGGGUUACGGUCUGUGACUUAAUCUUUAGUGAAGUAGUACAUCUGUACAGGAGGCACAUAAACAAGACAACUUCACACACUGAAGGAUAUUCUUUUAACUGUGCACAGUGAUUAUCAGAGGUUCAAAUAAAGCCUGCAGAUGAACAUGAGGGCAUCAGACUUAAAAGUACAGUGCAUGAUUGAUUUUUAGUGAACCUCUCAACUGUUUUGUACAAAUGUCGCAUUGUGUUUUUAAAUGUUAUUUUAAAACUUAUUAAAUCGUAGACACUG